GCAAGCAAUUGGUGUAGCCGGGAAAUGUGUCUACGAGAAACCAGUAUGUUGUGGCGUCCACCUGGGGCAAUGCGAACUGGAUAAAUUGAACUUCUCCCGCGUGACGAUUCCACCUCGUGCUCGCGAAUAAACCCACCCCAAGGUUCCAGUAUAUCGGUAGGGUUGGAGUUAUAUUGUCCGGCAGGUUUGUGAAGAAUGGAUACGGAUAAGCAUUCCACAUUAUGCAUUUAUGAUGGCCUCCGUGGAUGUUGAUGGGCAUAUAACCGCCUCGAGGGAUUCUUCGGAUAUUCCAGACCUAGCCCCCUUCACUUUUGCCGGAAUCAUCAGGACACGGCGUCGUCAACGAGCCCGUUAAUACAUAAAUAAAAUGUGGCCCUUUCUUGCGGGAAGCACCCUCCGGUGCGCGUUGCUUGGGGUUUUUCUCAUUUCGGUCUUCUCUGCCUUUCUGUUUGAUCGUGGUUUGCGGUCGACGAUGCUCGCGCAGAAGCAGCCCAAUUUCCUGAUUAUCGUCGCCGACGAUCUAGGGUUUAGCGACACUUCCCCGUACGGAGGCGAGAUAAACACGCCCAAUUUGCAGAGGCUAGCCGACGAGGGAAUCCGCAUGACUGAUUUCCACACCGCGGCAUCAUGUUCCCCCACGAGAGCUAUGUUGCUGUCCGGCACUGACUCUCACAUCGCAGGCUUGGGAUGCAUGGCGGAGAAGAUAAGGAAAGCCCCGGAGAUUUUCGAGAACAAACCUGGGUACGAAGGCUACUUGAACUAUCGAGUUGCCGCUGUAGGCGAGAUCCUUCAAGAUGCUGGAUACUUCACGCUUAUGAGCGGGAAAUGGCACCUGGGCUUGGAGAAAGAACUCGGUCCCUACGCGAGAGGGUUCACCAAGGUGUUGUCUUUUCUUCCGGGUGGUGGAAACCACUUUAAUCACGAGCCGCAGCUAUAUGGCCUCAAGGAGCAGCCCUCGGCGAUUUUCAAGGGCGACGGGCUCUGGAUGAGACACGGGGAAUUCAUCAACGGGAGCACAGACCUACCCAAGAACUUCUACUCGACCAACACGUUUACAGACUACUUCUUGGAUUUCCUGGAGGCGAGGACGACGGAAGAGAGGGCCCAGCCUUUCUUCGGCUAUCUCCCGUUUACGGCGCCUCACUGGCCGCUGCAAGCUCCCCAAGAGGUAGUCCAGAAGUAUCGUGGAAAGUACGACGACGGUCCUGUCGCCCUGCGUGACCGCAGACUUAAGAGCCUGGUCGAGAAAGGACUCGUGCCCGCCGACGUGGAUCCGGCGCCGUUGCAGAUGCCCAAGACCAAGCCCUGGGGGGAGCUCUCGGAGGAGGAGAAGCUGAAAUCCUCCCGAGCCAUGGAGGUCUAUGCCGCGAUGGUCGAACUUAUCGACGUGAAUAUCGGGCGCGUGCGGACGUAUUUGGAGAAGACUGGCGAGCUUGACAACACAUUCAUCGUCUUCAUGUCUGAUAACGGCGCAGAAGGACAAUUGCUAGAAGCGCUGCCAGUCCUUGCCGGUUUCACGGUGGAGGAUAUUGUAAAGAAAUACUACGACAACUCGCUAGACAACAUCGGUAACCACAACUCCUUUGUAUGGUACGGACCGCAGUGGGCUGGCGCCGCAACCGCCCCCUCACGCGGGACGAAGUCGCACACCACCGAAGGCGGAAUCCACUGCCCCUGCAUCGUGCGCUUCCCUCCCUUGCUGAGACAAGGCGGCCUGGUCACCAACACCCUUACAACGGUUAUGGAUAUCGUCCCAACCAUCCUGGACCUCGCGGGCUUAGAGCACCCGGCCCCCAGCUUCCGCGGACGCGAGGUCGUGCCGGUUCGAGGGAAGUCCUGGCGGCCGAUCCUUGAGCAGCCGAACAACCAGAGUAUACGGAUAUACGGCGACACCGAUGUUGUCGGAUGGGAACAGCUCGGAAUCGCCGCGGUACGAGUAGGGGACUUCAAAGCCUUGUUCAUCCCUCCGCCCAAGGGCUCGGGCAAGUGGGAAUUGUACGACCUCUCAAAAGACCUCGGUGAGGUCCACGACCUGGCAGAAAGCCAUCCGGAGAAGCUGCAGGAGAUGCUUCACCAUUAUGAGACAUAUUUUCAGGAGACAGGCAUGUUUGAUUCCCAUACGAUGUAUCACGAGGCAUUAAAACAGGGCAAGGGCAUCAACCACAACUCGCACAUCUCGGGUCUCCGCCAGGGCCUAGCCCUCCUACAAGAGAUAUUGCUGAGCGCUAUAAAGGGGGUUUGGGAUGAGAUAUUCAAAAAGGAGCCAUAGGAAUGACAGGAUUCAGUCCACCCGGGGCAAGCGGGACAACAAGAAGGGGUCCGUCCGACUGAGCGGGGGAACGAGGCAGGCUCCUUUCUCCCCUGCGCAUGGUUUCUUCUUCCCUUCAUAUGGCGUUCUAGGCGAUGCAGAUGGCUUCUCGCUCGCAGGGUCAGAGGGCUAAAUAGGGUGUGUUCUUAUCAAGUAGACGUAUCAUCCAAGCAGGCUGGUGACAAGUCAGCAUCCACGUGGUAAUCACGGUACGGCGCGGAUGGAAUGUGCGUGUACACGUCCGAAACGCGGU